AUGCAGCAUCUGCAGCAGCAGCGCGCACUGCUAGACCCCGCCGCCGCCGGUCACCAUCUUCAUCUGCAUCAUCAACAACAGCAGCAGCAGCAGCAGCAGCAGCAGGGUACAGGUCCGCAGGUCCCGGGUGCUCACGUCCAUCCCGGGCAGACGAUGACCAUCAACCGUAAGCUGCACGGCGCCGCCGCCGGUGGUGUGACCGGGCCACUCCCUCUGCCGCCCGUCUACGGAGAUGACAAUCCGCCACCGCUGCCUCCCCUGCGCAACCCGCAGAAAGCCCUGCCGCCGCCAACGUCGACGGAGGCGAGCGCUGAGACGGCCGCAGCCGGUACCGACAAGCAGAUCUACAUCUACUCGACCGCCAAGUACGGUGGCAGCAUCAAGCCGAACCCGAACACGACCACCUUCAGCGCGACGCCGGCUUCCAACAGCAAACCGCUGCCGUCGAUCAUCAACUGCCCCCUGCCGGACAUACCGAAGAGCGCUCCCAAGGACGACAUCUACGUCAAGCGCAAGCUGCUCUCGGACCAUCCGAACGGCAGCAAGUUCGCCACGCUGAAGCCGAUCCCGGUGCCGAAGAUUGACCCGGGGGCGCUGCAGAACGGUGGCAAGCAGGCGCUGCCCAACGGUCCCCUCCCAACACCGGCCGAUGCUCAGCUGCCACCGCCGCCACCACCGCCCCUGCCGGCGACGACCACCAGCUCUUCCGGCUCGUCCGGUGGUUCCUCCUCCGGCUACGGCACGGUCGGUCUCACCACGUCCCAAAUUCAGUCGCUCCCGCUGCCUCCGCCCCCGCUGGAGCUGCUACAGGAGCAGCCCGCCAACAACAACCAUCACCACCACCAGGACCACCAGGACCAAGCGCUCCGGUUGCCUCCGCCACCGACCAACGAGGAACUGCGCAGUUCCGCCAUGGACAAUGGCCCCACCCAGCUCAACGGAAGUGGUGGUGGUGGUGGUGGUGUGGUGGUCCAGAAUGGCGAUCCCGGACUACCGACGGACGGUGGCAAGGGCGUAGCAGUGGGCAACAACGACGACAACAGUUUCUACGCGGUGACAGAGCUCUAA